ACAAGCUGGGGGCGGCGGCGCGGGCAAGGUAGCGGCGGCGGCGGCUUGCCCCGUGCGGAACUGCGGAUCCGAGCGGCAGCCCCGGACGGGACGGGACCCUGGGCCUUUUCCUUUUCUUUGCUGGGCUGGGAAAGCUGGGCCUUUACAAAGAAAUCGGCCAUCCAAGAGGAACUGCGCGAUUUUCGCAUCCCACGCCCGUGCACUCGACGGCAGGCGCAGGCGCUCCAGCAGUUCCUGUCCUGGGCUCGCGGCGCGACGGGUCAAACCCUAGGCAGCCGGCUGCCAGCGCCGAGCCGCCGAGGGAAUCGGGGCGGCAUCGCGCGGCCAGGGCACCAGCCGGCCACCGCAAGCUCGACCAGGGCGCAGGACGGCAGGACCAGAGUUCAAGCUUAAUUUCAUUGCUAGAUAUGCUUGGGCAUGAGCGCCAUGGCUCCGCAGUACCAAGCCGUGACACUGAUUGCUUCUCCGUCUUACCCGAAUGCCAUUGCUUGGUCAAGUGACAAUUUGGUGGCUGUCGCAUCUGGUCACAUUGUCACUAUUCUGAACCCAGCUGCGCUUGAUGGGCCUCGUGGACUGGUUGGACUUCGUUGCAGUGAUCCUUUUCCUAUAGGAGUGGUUAACAGAGAAGAUCUCUUUGAGCCAUGUUUAGUGCCCACUUGCUUAGCUCGUGAUGCCGAACCAUGUACCCGGUCAAUUUCAUGGUCUCCGCAAGGAUUUGCACCUAAUUCUGGAUGUUUGCUGGCUGUUUGCACUGUGGAUGGUCAUGUGAAGCUGUACCGGUCCCCGAUUUGGGAAGUUUGUGAUGAAUGGGUUCAGGUUGCAGAUAUAUCACAAUUGCUGUUUAGCUACUACAAAACUAUAAACUUUGGAGAGGAUAAUGGUUCUCAUUUGACUUCUCUGAAGAAUACAAAUACCGAAGAGACAGAGGUUUUAGGUUCUACAUGUGAAUUGCAAGAUCCUCUUUUUCGCAGGGGUCCUGGACAGAGAAAAAGAAAACCACCAAGAGUUGAUGGUUAUAUUUAUGAUGGCAACAAAGAUGAUUUAGAUGCUUCAAAUGAUGCAGACUUCUCAUUGAAAUCAUGCUCUAAGUCAAAGAAGAAGUCUUCGAAAAAGACUGCAAAACACAGACAUGAACCUGUUUCUGUAAAUGGACAAGGCAGCACAGAAAAUGCCAAAGCAUCAUUGUCCACCAAUGGAGAAAACAAAUCUCUUCCUCUUAUCACGGCGAAGCAGUAUGCUUGCCGUGAUGCAUGUUUGUCUUCCCUCGUUGUUGCAUGGUCUCCACUUGUGUCAUCAAAUGAUAAAAGUUCUUCUUUAUUGAGGCAUUGGUGCAUUCUUGCUGUGGGCUCCAAGUCUGGAAACGUGUCUUUUUGGAAACUAUAUAAGCCAGAAUACUACACAAUAGAUGCUGGCGUGGUUAAUAGUGAUCCAAUGCUCAUUGGGGUUUUGCAAGCUCAUAAAUCAUGGGUCAGUGCCAUAACCUGGGAAGUUUCCUCUGAAGGCUCUUCAAAAUCCUCGCUGCUUUUAGCAACUGGAUGCUCAGGCGGAAGUGUGAAGAUAUGGUUGGCGAAUAUUGAAGGUUUAAAUAGAUGUACAAUUGCAGAAGAAGUGCCCUUUGCAUUAGUUGCUGAGGUCACCACUGAUUUGUCAGCUCCAGUAUCAUCAAUUUCAUUAGCUGUACCUGCCCGGUCUCAGUACGAGGUUAAUUUGGCAAUUGGACGAGUAUCUGGGUCACUGGAAACAUGGAUAUGGAAUACAUGUAGCUGCAAAAUUGAGAAUACUAAUGCAUGCCAUGCACAUGAUCAAGUGGUGACAGGUUUAUCAUGGGGUAUGGAUGGCUAUUGUUUAUACAGCUGCAGCCAGGAUAAUUCUGCACGCUGUUGGAUCUAUCACGGAAACCACAUUGAAGAAAUUCCCGUGCAUACGAAUUUUCCAGAGUCAAAAGAAUCAACAGAUCUAUCAGAAGUCUCUAAUCGAUGCUUUGGUCUUACACUAGCACCUGGAGGACAAAUGAUUGCUGUGGUCCGUGGUUUGGAUCUGAACCUUUUGGACCAGAUGUAUCAAGCCAGGACACAAAAGGCGGUGGUUGAGUUCAUUUGGAUUGGUGGUCAAUUUGUUGGUAUUCCACUAGACAGGAGAAUUGAUGUUUGCAAUACACAGUCUACAAUCUUUUCCUCGAGUAACUUUUUGUGGUGGGGAUCCAACAUUUUGUGGUCAUUGAAGAAAUAUGAAAAUGUUGAAAAGGGACUUGCCUUAUGGGAUGUUGUAGCUGCGCUACAAGGGUUCAAGAAAUAUGCACCCACCUUUCUGGAGACUUUGAUGGAUAUGUGGAUCUCAGCUUUAUUUUCAGGUGAUCCACAGUGUGUUUCUAUCAAUGCUCCAUCAUUUUCAAGGCAUGACAUGCUGCCCAGUGUCAGUUUGCGGAAGCUACACUUACUGAACAUAAUUUGUAGAAAAGUAAUGCUCAGCAAUCAUGCGCAGCUUGGUCCUGAUGCUGAAAAUGGUAAUGACUCGACAACUGAGUUCUGGAACACUCUUUUGAUAAGGAGUGAAAGAGAACUACGCGAGAGACUGGUGGGUUUCACCUUUGCUGCAGUCCUGAAAAGGACAGCAUAUUCGUUCAAUGAUACCUCUACUGAAAACAGCUGGUUUCCUGUCGGAGUUGCCCAAAUGGAUUCUUGGGUAACCAUGAAUGAUGAAGUGCACGACCAGCUCAAGUAUCUCAGAUCUAGGAUCAAAGAUCUAGGAAACAGGAUCAACUCUGCAUGUGGAUACUCCGUUGAAGAAACCUGCCCCUAUUGCUCUGCGCCGGUCCACUUCGAGUCGGCCGAUGUAGCCAUCUGCAGAGACAAGCACACGUUGACACGGUGCAGGGCGUCCAUGAUCUUGUGCUCCGUCCUGCAGCCGGUGUGGCACUGCGUGUGCUGCGGAGGCAUGGUCGACAAGCUGCUGCCGCAGUCAUUCUUCGCCAUGCAGGCGUCCCCUUUGGACGCCAACCAAGACGAAGGAUCGCUCGACCUCUCAGGACCCGCCGUCCCUCUUUGCCCCUUCUGCGGCAUUCUGCUGCAGAGGUCGACGCCGGUGUUCCUGCUGUCCACCUCGCCGGUGUAGAGUUCAGCGAUCAGCUGGCAGCCUCUGUAACCUUAGUACAUUAUGGCUUAGUAAGUACUAGUUUGUCCCUAGUUUGAGGCUGCUUGUGUUAGCGAUGAAAAUGUAACCCUUUGCCGAAAUAAGCCCGCCAUUCGUGGCACCUGGCACGAAUCUUGGUGCUUGGCUUGGUCCGUCAUGUAACUUUUUGUGACCGCUGGUGUAACUCUAAAUAAGAGGAGAGCGGUGUGCCGCUAAGCAUGGCCAUGAGCAAUUAUUGA